UUUUUACAUUUUUCCAAAUAAAACGCGCAAUUUCAAUAUUUUAGGAAAUAUGGAGAAUUUUGGAAAAAUUGUUCAGGAGCUUCGGGGGUCUUUCAUGAAAGGACGAACUAGAUCAAUUGAGUUCAGAAUUCAACAGCUCAAGAAUAUUGAGAGGAUGAUGAUAGAGAAUGAACAAUGUUUUAUUGAUGCUCUGAAGUCGGAUCUGAACAAACCUGUUCAGGAUACUAUUCUGGCUGAGAUAGAUUAUGUAAAAAAUGAUUGCAUAUCUCUCAUUAGAAACAUCCAUAAAUGGACAGCUGAUCAACCUGUUGCUAAAAGUCCUACAACACUGAUGGAUAAGCCGUAUCUUCAUCCGGAACCUUUUGGUGUAGCGUUGAUCAUUGGUGCCUGGAACUUCCCUCUUCAUCUUAGCUUGGCUCCUCUUACCCCUGCGAUAGCAGCUGGAAACUGUGCUGUGAUAAAACCAAGUGAGAUAGCUCCAGCUACAGCUAAGGCGCUUGCUGAUCUUAUUCCACUAUACUUGGAUCAACAAUGUUACAGGGUUGUAUCUGGAGGGGUGCCUGAGACAACUGAACUCCUCAAGCUUCAAUUUGAUUAUAUUUUCUACACUGGAAGUACAGUAGUUGGAAAAAUUAUUGCCGAAGCUGCUGCAAAAUAUUUAACCCCCUGCACUCUGGAGCUCGGUGGUAAGUCCCCCGCAUUUGUUGACGACUGUACAAACCUGGAGACAGCAGUAAAGCGUUUACUGUGGGGAAAAUUUAACAAUGCCGGACAGAUCUGUGUAGCCCCAGAUUAUGUACUCUGUACAAAGAGCGUUGAGAAGAAAAUAGUUCCAUUGAUGAAGAAGAUCAUAAAAGAAUGGUAUUCUGACCAGCCGGCUAGCUCAGGAUGCUAUUGUAGAAUAGUAUCCACUAGGCAUGUUGAAAGGCUCCAAAAUAUGAUAAACAAAACUACUGGAAACAUCGUAAUUGGCGGAACCAUAGAAGCUUCAGAGAAGUACAUAGAACCAACCGUUAUUACUGGAGUAAACUUUGAUGAUUCCACAAUGCAAGAGGAGAUAUUUGGUCCAAUCCUGCCGAUAAUCAACAUUGAGUCGGUCAACGAAGCAAUUGAGUUGAUUAACAGCCGAGAUAAACCUCUAGCUCUGUAUGUGUUUUCUGAAAAUGAAAGUGUGAUCAACCAAAUCCGAGAUCAAACAUCAAGCGGAGGAUUCACCGUCAAUGAUACAAUUCUUCAACUCAGUGUUGAAGAACUCCCAUUUGGAGGUGUUGGAUCAAGUGGAACUGGAGCUUAUCAUGGUAAACAUGGGUUUGACACCUUUACACAUUACAAGCCAGUUCUUGAGAAAGACCUUGGCUGGAUGAUGGAGAAGGUUUCAGAUUUCAGAUAUCCUCCAUAUGACCCUAAGCGAAUUGGGUUUAUCAGAAAUCUUACCAAAAAUAGAGAGUUGCCAAGCUUUGGAUUCUUGAAAUACUUGAUGAUGCUGUUACUUGGAGGAGUACUGGGAUAUGCUUCAGCCUGUCUUGCAAAGGAGUAAUAACGUUAAAGCAGUUUUUUCACCGUUCUUCACAAGAUUGUACAAAUCUGCCAACAAUCAGCGGAGUUAAAAUGAGUAAUAAAUAAUUUUCAAUAUAA